CUGCACCACUGCACUCCAUGCGACAGUAAUUACCAACGAUGCAGUUGAUUGAAUUCAGUACCGGGAAUAAUUGAAAUUAAUCGAAAGGUGUGUAAAUAUUUCACAGGAUGCUGAUACGUGGAAAAAUUAUGUCUUCUUGACAAUAUCAACGACGUUUCCCAGCUUAUUACAUGGUAAAGUGGACAUCGCAGAUGUUCCACUGCUGCCAAAAACAAGUCAUAUCUCCAAAAACAUGCAAAAAGUGCUUGAAAUACUUUCAUUGGAUUGCUGUGUGUCUACAAGCUUCAUCAAGAAACUCACCAACAUACCUAAAAGCACUGUAUCAAGUUUUAAUCGAGAAUUUAGGCAACUGGAAGAUCUGUGUAAGCUUCGUAUCGCACACGCUGACAUAGGAUUUAAAAGACGCCAAAGUGGAAUACUGCAAAGACAUGCUAAGAGUGACAGAACAUUGAUCCGGAUUUUAUGAAAAACAUCGCGACAAAAGAUGGUGUUUUCAAUAUUUGCCCAACGUUUUUGUAAGACAAGGAGCACGAUGCUGGCACAUGUUUUUGAGAAGCAUGGGCGGUUUUGCGCCAGUCAUCCCUUCGAGGUAAUUGUGGCAACCGUCACUCUGACGGCAUGUAUGCUCAACAUAGAUACCGGAAGUGGACAAACACGCGAAGAAGAUUUAUCUGAUGCUGCUUAUUGUUAUCACAGCCGAUGCGAUACUAUGGACCUAAAAGCAGCUGAUAUUAUAGUAAUGACGAUAAUACGUUGCUUAGCGGUACUAUUCACUUACUAUCAAUUCCGCACUUUGCAAAGGAUGGGAUCUAAAUAUGUUUUGGGUAUCGCCGGUCUAUUUACCGUAUUCUGCAGCGUGGUUUUUACCUCUGGCAUAGUGAAAUUCGGCCACAGUGACGACGCAGAUUCGAAAGAUGCCUUGUUCUUCUUUUUGCUUCUUAUCGAUCUGUCAAAAGCCGCAACGUUAGCACAAUACGCACUAAGCUCGCAAAAUCAAGAAGAAGUCGAGGCAAACAUUGCGCGCGGUAUGUCCCUACUGGGACCAACUAUUACUCUGGACACUCUUGUAGAAACUCUUCUCAUUGGGAUAGGAUCCUUAUCGGGCGUCAGGAGGUUGGAAGUUCUCUGCACUUUUGCAUGCCUCGGAGUGAUCGUCAACUAUGUCAUCUUCAUGACGUUUUAUCCAGCUUGUUUGUCGCUUAUAUUAGAGCUUUCUCGUGGAAGUAACAUGAGUCGACUGAGUGCAGAUAAGAUAUUCAUAAUCGAAUCCAAUGAGGAUCAAAAACCUAAUCCAGUAGUAGAGCGAGUCAAGAUGAUCAUGAUUGCCGGCCUAUUUGUAGUGCACGCCAACAGUCGUUGGCCCUUUAAGAGCGAGGAAAACGAAUAUAGGAUGGAAACAGUGACAGCAUCCACUAAUUCAGACAUAUUAAACGGUUCGGAUCAUGCUGAGAAUUCCGAACUGAGGGAACACCUGAUGGCUUGGCUGUCAGUCAGCGCGCACAACAUUGUGAUAUUGAUUCUGCUAUUAGCACUGACGGUGAAGUUUAUCUUCUUCGAGGAUAAGAACGAUGUUAUUGCUAUUGUACAACGACACGAUGAGGAACAGGAGUUAAUGAUGGAACAGGAGUUAAUGAUGGAAAAGAAAGAAGAAGAAGAAGAAGAAGAGCAAAAUAAUACGAACACUGUAGCCACAGACAUGCCAGCUAUCGAACAACCGAUCUUUCCUUUAUCCGGCGUAGGUGGUGGUUGGAUCGAAAUCGACGAGAACCACGUGGAAUACACUGACAAGGAAGUACAAACCGAUAAGAUAUGGCUGGGCGCAAGUGAUUCUAGUGGCGACAGCGAACCAUCGUCGAAGAUAUCGGAAAUUUCUAGAAGUUUGGAAGAUUGCCUCGAAAUAUACAAGUCUGAACUCGGGGCCAACGCGUUGACCGACGAUGAAGUGAUACAGCUAGUGAAUCACAAGCACAUACUCGCAUAUCAGUUGGAGAAAGCCGUAGGCGACAUGGAGCGUGGCGUCGGUAUCAGACGUCUUCUCGUGGCUGCUGCUGGCAAAUUCACCAACGAGAUGACCAAUCUGCCAUACAAGAAUUAUGAUUAUAGCAAGGUGCUGGGAUCUUGUUGCGAGAACGUAAUUGGCUAUUUGCCAGUCCCGGUCGGCAUCGCGGGACCGCUGUUAAUCGACGGUCAGCUGUACCAUGUGCCGAUGGCAACGACCGAAGGUUGUCUCGUAGCGUCUACCAAUCGCGGUUGUCGCGCGCUCAUAAAACACGGUGUGAUCAGCCGCGUAGUAGCAGACGGCAUGACUCGCGGACCCGUGGUGCGCUUCCCGAACAUCGUACGUGCGAGCGAGGCCAUGUUAUGGAUGCAGCAGCCUGACAAUUUUCAAAAGAUGAAGAGCAGUUUCGACGAGACUAGUCGCUUCGCUCGUCUGAGGGAUAUUCACGUGCGUAUAGCGGGUCGAUACCUGUUCAUACGUUUCGCGGCAAAGACUGGCGAUGCCAUGGGCAUGAACAUGCUGUCUAAAGGCACUGAGAAAUCCCUGCAGACGGUUCAAACCUCCUUCCCGGACAUGCAGAUACUCUCACUCAGCGGGAAUUUUUGUACCGACAAGAAGCCUGCAGCCGUCAACUGGAUCGAGGGCAGAGGCAAGAGCGUGGUGUGCGAAGCGGUCGUACCCGCGGAUAUCGUUAGCAGCUUGCUAAAAACGUCCGUAGACGCGCUAGUCGACGUCAAUCUCAGCAAGAACAUGAUCGGUUCCGCCGUGGCGGGCAGCAUAGGCGGUUUCAACGCGCACGCUGCCAAUAUCGUAACUGCGAUCUUUAUCGCUACCGGUCAGGAUCCGGCGCAAAAUGUCGGCAGCAGUAACUGUAUGACGCUUAUGGAACCGUGGGGCAAGGAAGGUAAAGAUCUAUACAUAUCGUGUACGAUGCCCAGCAUAGAAGUCGGCACGGUGGGUGGUGGAACUGGUCUACCAGCGCAGGGAGCGUGUUUGUCCAUGCUGACUGUGAAGGGCGCACACUCCACGGAACCAGGCGAGAACGCCAACAAACUCGCCAGCAUUGUCUGUGCAACCGUACUCGCUGGAGAGUUGUCUUUGAUGGCUGCAUUGACCGCUGGCCAUUUGGUCAAAAGCCAUCUCAGACAUAACAGAUCAUCCAUUUUAAUGAGUAACUCGGUACAUACUUCCUAUGGUACACACAGUGAUGGGAAUCAAAAACUAACUGUACCAAGUAUUUUGCCAAAGUUAUUGCAAGAUUUUUCUACAGACUGCAAGCAAUCUUAGCACUAAUCAGUUGAACAUACAUCUUGUCAUUUCUCAAGCGAAUUGUGGUCUGUGUUUAUUGUUUCAUACUUGUCUCUCAUUGGCAUCCCAAAGAAUGAUUAUUUAAAUAUGCUUCUGCUAUAUGCGAUAAGAUGAAUUAUCUAUGAUCGAAUUAUAUAUGACAGAAUUGUCAUCUAAUUAUAAUCUAAUCGUAUUAUACAGGGUGUGAUAGCCGUUAAUGAGAGAUUCUUCAGAGUAUUUCGAGACGAAAAUCCUAAUACCAAAAUGUUAAGACUACAAUAGUUUUUAAAUAGGAAGCGUUUAAAUUUGACCAAUCGAAUCGUCUAAAGUUUGCGCGCUCAGGCACAGUCUCUCAAGAAUCUCUCAUUAACGGCUGUCACACGAGCUUUGGGAUACCCUAUACAUGUACAUAUACAUGUACAUAUGUAUAUGAAAACAGAAGUACAAGAAUAUGGAAUAUUAGUGUGUCCUCUGAUAAAAAUGAUAAGAUGAUAAAAAAUAAUAAAUAAAAAUUAAUAUUAGGUAACAUAAAUAAUAAAUUUUUAGAAUCUUUCUGUUGAAGAUACGCGAUUUUAGUACGAUUUAGAUUUAAACUUAUAUUUUCUAUUAAGGAAAAUUAUCGAAUCAGGUUUGGAUAAUUUUAAAUAAUAACAUUGCAUUAUUAUUAAUAAACGGUAAUUGUAAGUUGCAUACAAGUCAAUUUAUUAAUAAACAAGAAUUUAAUGUGCGU